AUGAAGCUCGUCGCUUUCUUCUUCGCAUGCGUCGUCGCUAGCGUCUCUGCCAUCAAGGACACGGCCGCCAACGCCGAGGCCAAGGCCUUCCUCGAGAAAUACGCAACGGAGGAGGGUGCGGUCGUCAAGGAGUCUGGGCUCAUGUACAAGGUGCUCCAGGACGGCAAGGGCGGCUCGCCGAGCGUCAACACGCCCUGCUCGUGCCACUACGAGGGCCGCAUCGCCGCCAACUACCCCGACGGCGCGACGUUCGACAGCAGCAUCGCGCGCGGCAAGCCGUCGACGUUCGCGCCGCGCCAGGUCAUCAAGGCCUGGACCGAGGCCAUGCAGAUGAUGACCGUCGGCAGCAAGUGGGAGCUCGUCUGCCCGCCCGAGAUCGCCUACGGGUCGCGCGCCAAGGGCGAGCGCAUCCCCGCGAACAGCGUCCUCAUCUUCACCAUGGAGAUGCUCGACUGCCAGGGCGUCGCCUCCGAGCUCUGA